UGUAGAGCUGUUCCUGAGUGUUAACCGUAGAAGAUCAGGGAGGGCUGGAGUGAUUUGUUCCCGCCUUAAACAGGUUCACUGAUCCCAGUCUGACUCGGCGAUAUUCCUGCACGCGCACUGCACUUCUGAUCUUCUGACACAUUGUUUCAGUCCGGCGCGGAUUAGAAGUCUCAGUGUUACAUUGUGACAUCGCGUGCCUCUGAUGGUGAUGAUGCAGCGCUGGAAGGGGAGAGUCGCGCUGGUCACCGGAGCGUCUGUCGGGAUCGGAGCGGCGGUGGCUCGCGCUCUCGUCCAGAACGGCAUGAAGGUGGUCGGCUGCGCACGGAACGUGGACAAGAUCGAGAAGCUGGCAGCCGAGUGUCAGAGCGCGGGAUACAGCGGCACUCUGAUCCCGUAUAAGUGUGAUCUGUGCAAUGAGGAAGAGAUUCUGUCCAUGUUUUCAGCCAUUAAGACGUUGCACCAGGGAGUGGACGUGUGCAUCAACAAUGCCGGCCUGGCUCACAACGAACCGCUGCUGAACGGAAGGACAGAGGGCUGGAGGAAUAUGAUCGAUGUCAACAUACUCGCUCUGGCCAUCUGCACACGUGAGGCCUACCAGUCCAUGAAGGAGAGACACGUGGAUGACGGACACAUCAUCAACAUCAACAGUAUGGGGGGUCACAGGAUGGUGCCCUGCGCUGACGAACACUUCUACUGUGCCACCAAAUACGCUGUGACCGCUAUGACAGAGGGACUGAGACAGGAGCUACGGGAGGCCAGAACACAGAUCAGAGCCACGAGUAUAUCACCUGGAAUAGUGGAAACUGAAUUUGCCUUCAGGCAUCACAACAGCGAUCCGGAGAGAGCCGCGGCUGUUUAUGAAAGUAUGAAGUGUUUGAAAGCAGAAGACAUCGCCAGCGCCGUCACAUACGUCCUGAGCGCACCUGCUCAUGUCCAGAUCGGUGAUGUUCAGAUGCGGUCGGUGGAGCAGGUGUCGUAGGAGCGAGCUGGAACAAGACGACAGGCAGUGGGUGACACCUACUGGGCAAAAACACCUUUAACACCUAGUUUUAAAAAACUGAUUGAAGGGAAUAAUAGUGUUUGGGUUUGCAGAUCGGAUCGAAUCUGAGAAGGCAGCUCUGUGUGUCUCCAUCUGAUGCU